AGGAAUCACGUUAUGGUAAAGAGAAAAAAAAAUAAUACUUCCAUAUACUUCUAAAACAGUAUGUUUUUGCUCGUGAAAACGAUAGCGUAAUCAUUCUUUACACAGAAAAAUACAGGAUUAAAAACUGUGUUUUCCUGCUUUGAUCGAAGUGAGAUCGCUAACAGUCAUUUAUCAUGCAAUCCGAUUUUAAUGCGGAAAUUGCUUUAAUUUGAAAUAUCUAGUAAAAUUGAUUAUUACUUUCGUUGCAUUCAAAAUGGACUCUCCGGUUAACUUGACCGAGUCGGAGCGCCUUGCCCUGUGGGAUAACACGAGAUUUAAGUCCUUUUUGCCCAGUACUGUUUUCAUGAUUCUGUGCGCUGUUGUGGGGGCUAUCGGCAAUGGGAUAGUGAUUUACAUCUAUGGGACCCGACUUCAUAGGAAAUAUGCCGGUCGUUAUUUUAUCCCGUACUUGGCUGUCGCCGAUCUUUUUGCUCUUCUGGUUUCAGUUGAGCUUCAUACUGUCACAAAUUCAUUCCCUGUCACCAACACCUUAGAAAAACUUUGUAAAUGGAAUUAUGUGAUUGCCUUUUUUGCAACUGUUUUGUCAAUAGAUAUUCUUUUGAUAAUCGCUGUGCAGCGCUACCUAAAAGUUUGCAAACCGUUUAAAGGGCAGAUGACUUUGUUCUGGAGGCGAUUUGCUUUGUGUCUUACUUUUAUACUCAGCAUUCCUUUCCUUGUUCCUACCUAUAUCACAUUUGGAUUAGAAAAGGUUUACAACAAAGAACUGAACGUAACCGGAACUGCUUGUCGUAGACUGACCUCCACUACGCAGGCUCUGUCCCUGGUUCACGGCGCCACCUGUACGCUUCUUGUUGUUAUCAUUGGAAUCGCACUCAUUGUCUUGUAUAUAAAAAUUGGAAAAGCCAUCAAUCGACAAAACAAACAAAACUUAGGAGAACCCAACAUAAAGAAGACGAACACAUCUUUGAUGUUUAUGAUAAUCACAAUAAUAUUUCUUGUAUCCUACUUACCUAGGAUGAUAACGUUUCUGUUGGAGGGGAUCUGGGCCGGUCUUUGGGAGACCCUGACCGUAGAGGAGUAUGCUAUCGUCAGAAUGUUAGAGGUUUUGUACAACGUGAAUCAUUUAGCGAAUCCGUUUGUGUAUGCAUUUAUGGAUGUCAAAUUUGUUGCCGAGUUGAAAAAGGAGAUUUCUUGUGGAAAUUAGUAGUAUUUUUAGGAAGAAAAUAUCCCCAAGCGAAGGUUAAACACUAGAUGGGCUGGAUAUUUUAUGGUAGAAGUAAGGCUUCAUCACGUUAAAACGCUACAUGUUUGGAAUAAAAUUACCUUAGACACUGUUGUACAUUUUAAAAAGCCUACAUUUUUUUUUAGAUCUAUAAUGUGUAUACUUUAUUUAGUACAUAUGCUUUGU